CAUGAUGUCUCAUUAAGCGUUAUCAUCGUUACAACGUACAAUUACACACACUGCUGUAAAUGUGGUGAUAACGCGAUUAAGGUUUAUUAAUUAAAGAUAAACUGCACGAAGUUACAAGAGUUAAAUCCAUGUCGCAAGCAUGUAAGAGUAUUUCAGGAGAUUUUAAAUACGCUGUUGUACGUAAUUAUUGAUUGGAUAGACUGUUCAAAAUGGUGGACAAACCUAUUGUGGCAGUGUUGGAACUUGGAACAAAAGAGUGCGGAUAUGCCUAUGCUGAGCGGUCAAGUAUCUUGAAAUUGCUGGAAGAGGACAUAAAUGCAUCUCACAUAUUAAAAAGCCCAUGCAAGGAACCGCCAAGCAUUUUGCUAGAUCCAUUGCAAAAGAUCAGUUGCUUCGGAUCAGAAGCCGAUUCUAGUUAUGCUGAAUUGGAGAAAGGAGAUAAUCAUCGUGGAUGGAUGCUUCUGACAAAGGUCACACAAUUCCUAUAUGGGAACAAGGUCAUAACAAGGCAAACCAAAAUAACAGAUGUGUUUGGCAAAACACAUGAUGCAUUUCAUCUUAUUAUAUCGCUCCUGAAGCAUUUGCAAGGAAAACUUCUCAACACUUUAACAAGUGGAAAGGAAGUGGACAUUCAGUAUGUCAUAACUAUUCCAGGACUUUUGAAUGAAAGCGCCAAGUGUUUCGUAAUGGAGGCUGCAAAAGAGGCUGGUUUAGAUGUAGUGUCUAUAGCCAUGGAAAAGGAGAUUGCCGCAUUUUGGAAUUUUAGGAAAAAUACAAGUUUGCAAAAAGCAUUAAAAGAUCACGAAAACACGUUUAUGGUUCUUGACGCAGAAGGUGAAAACGUCGAUAUUGCCGUAUUUACAACGCCAGUAAAAGGACAGCUUCAACGUUUGGAUUCAAAGAGCGAAAGAAGCUGUGGUGGUGCGAGUGUCGACAAGCUUAUGGUGGAGUUUCUAUCAGAAAAUACUGAUUCGGAUGCUUCCAAUAAAGAAGCCUGGGCAAACACUCCAGGAUAUAAAGAACUCAUUGCCGACUUUCGUAUUCAUAAAAAUAACUUUGAUGGACAAAAACCAGUUACUUUUCGUUUACCAAUGGAAUUCCGCAAUAAAUUCACCAUGUCUAAAUACAUCACUAUUAUCGCGGACAAAGUCAAAAUAAGUACCAGUAUCGUUGUGCAGUGGUUUCAAGUCCCAGUGCAAACCAUUAACAAAUGCAUUCGAGUCUUUUUAGAACAAACUCGAUUAAUGUUAAUGACAGACGCAUUUGCAAAAUGCCCUUAUGUCAUUUGCCAAAUACAGCACGUGUUUCCGAAUAUCAUGAUCUUUAAAAGCGGCGCGUUUAGACAAGAAGUACUAAACGGAGCCUUGAUCAGCGCACUGUCUGGAAAUGAGAAGCCGUCUCCGUCUACACAGGGGUUGCCAUACCAUGUGGUAGCAGCGUUUGAUAUUGGUACCACGUACAGCGGAUAUGCAUAUUCUUAUGUUCAUGAUCCAAGGAAAGUACAAACGAAAAAUUGGUACGACCCUUUCGCAUCGGCUUCUCUGGUAUCACGUAAAGCUCCGACUUGCGUCCUACUAAAUCCUAAAGGACAAUUUUAUUCUUUCGGAUUUGAUGCUGAACACAAGUUUUCAAGCUUAGAUUCGACGAAAGAAUGGAGACUUUUCAGAAAUUUCAAAAUGAUUCUUCAUGCGAAAAAGACGCUGUCCAGAACAACCACACUUGAAGAUCUAAAUGGCAAGAGCCACGCUGCCAUGCCGAUUUUCUCCAUGACAAUACAUUAUCUGCGUCAGCAGCUACUGGAAGCAGUUCGUCUUCAAAAGCCGGACAUUCCCGAGACAUUGUUUCAGUACGUCCUGACCGUUCCUGCAAUUUGGGAUGACAACGCCAAACUUUUCAUGAGAGAAGCUGCAGUCAAUGCUGGAAUAAACGGUAAAAGACUGAAGCUGGCACUUGAACCGGAAGUGGCUGCGUUAUGGUAUAUGACAGAUGACGAAGAUCGCAACUCCAAAGCAAUAUCGAUUGGCAGUAAAUACAUGGUCAUUGAUUUAGGAGGAGGGACGGCGGAUAUAUCUAUACAAGAACGUUUUCCAAAUGAACAGUUACGUGUCAUUCAGAAAGCAAGUGGUGGACCAUGGGGUGGAACAUGUAUUGAUCAGAACUUCGUCGCCUAUCUGAAAUCGGUGUUUGGAAAAAACGAAUUCGACAGAUUUCAGCAACAAGAGUCGGGCGAUUACUUUGAGAUACUGAACAGUUUUGAAACAAAGAAAAGAUCUAACUUAGACGGUCGAAUAAAUUUGCGAAUUCCAAUGUCGCUAUAUGCAGGUAAAGAAUCAAAAAAAUUUUUCUUUAAGAAAUCGAAACAAGUACCGAUGGAAAGAGAUAAAUUACCGAUUGACUUGUCCAUAGUAAUGUCGUGGUUCGAUGAACCAACUGACCAGCUUAUCAAUCACAUCAAAGACACACUGUCGAAACCUGAACUUAGAGACGUACGAAUAAUGAUGCUUGUCGGAGGUCUUGCAGAAUCAAAAUAUAUACAAACAAAACUCAUUAACAACUUACCUGAAAUUCAGUUGAUUGUCCCAGAAGAUGCUGGUCUAGCGGUACUCAAAGGAGCAGUGAUAUUUGGACAUACUCCUUCGCUAGUUGCAUCACGUAUUAUGGCCUACACAUAUGGUAUAGGUGCAGUUGAAUUAUUCAACCGAACGAAACACUUUGGAAGAGAAAAAUUUCUUAAAGACGGUAACUGGUAUGCGGGUCACUGUUUCAAGAUAUUUGUACACGUCAAUGAAGAGAUACUUUCAAGGCAUCGUGUGAGCCAUAUCUUUGUUCCACUUAAUGCCACAUCAAGAAUUCCGGUAUACAGAACAUUGUCAGUGGAGCCUAAAUACACUACGGACCCGGGAUGCGAGCUGCUGGGUGAGAUCAAUAUCCAGAAUCGCACUGACAUUCCGCUGGAUGACCAAAAACACAACGUGACCUUCAUGUUCGGGGAAACUGAACUGCUGGUAUCCGUGAUGGAUCCAUCGACUGGAAAGGAAGAACAGCUUACAUUAAAUUGUCUCAAAUAGCCGCUUCUCUAUUUAUAGCUUGAAACGUGCACUUUCAAGUUGCAAUAAUAUUGAUCAAGGUUUAGUUUUGUUAAUAAAAAGAUUUUAUGGAGAAUGUGUGCAUUGUAAAAGAAUGAAAGGGCAACUAUAUAUUUUAUUUUAAAUGUAAUUGAACUAAACUUUCAAAUUCAACUUAUAAAUAAAAUAAUUGAAUCUACCUACUUCUUGGAAUAUAUAAACAUAUAUAUUAGAGCUUUGUACACUAAGAAUAACAAAGCAUAACAAAUAAAUGUUUUUGCUCUAAUUAUAUCCAACGACCAGCUCGUUUGAUAAAUUACUACCGUGUAGCAAAUAAUCAAUGUAGUAAAUAAUAAAUUAGCAUGGUUUCCAAUACAGUAGUGCUGUCUAGUUGCAUACUAUUAGCAGACGUAUAGAUAUUUGCUAUUCACACUAACGUAAACUUUACUGAUUAGAGUCCCAUGCUAAAUUCUGGUUGUUAUCAUUUAGGAUUUUUUUCCUUUUUCAUGAGCAUUUUGUUGUUUAUCCAUUAUUUUGGAAUGUUGUUAUGUUGUCCUUAGAUAUUCUCUGUGUGUACUUGUAACUUUUGUCAAAUAAAUGUAAAUAACAACAUAUUGAUGAGCAACUACAGUCAGAUGAACUCCCAAAAAGGUGUCAGUAACGUGUUCUGUUAUUUUGGUUAUAUAGACAUUUGUGCACUUAAGUGAAAUUUUUAAGUGUUCAUAUGUGAUGACAGUACUAAUAGCAGAAAAAGGUUGUAGACGUUGAGAUGAAUGAUUUCUCAAGCGCAGAUGACCGGUACUGAAAUAAAGUUAAGACAUGUUAUGUCAUUGUUCGCUAAUUCGCUAAAGAGUAUGUGUCAAGGGUAAAAAUGUAUUAAAACAGUCGGCUACUUUUGUUUAAACAUUUAUCAACGCUGCGUAUACGUUACAAUCUGUACCUAUGUUUAAAAUAAUAGCAUACGUACUAUGUGUGUAUUAUAUAUAUAUAUAAUAAUUGUGUACAUUAUACAUAUUCAAUAAAAAAAAUAUU